AAUUUAAAAAAAAAUGUUUUACACGUGGCAUUGGAAUAAAUAAACCACAUUUUCACAUAUAUAGUUUAGUUAUUUAUUGUUCAAGAAGGUUAUCUGGGCUUAUAUAUCCAGAGUUGGUUUCCUAUCUAUAAUUAUGGCUGAAUUUCGUAAAUGUUUUGAUAAUUUAGAUACAGAAAAACGUGGUGUCAUUACAAUUGAAGAUUUAAAAAAUUAUAUGUUUAAAAUGCAUUAUAAAGAAACAUUCUUACAUAAAUGGAUUGAAUUAUUUGAUCCAGAACAUACAGGAUUUAUAACAUAUGAACAAUAUUGUAAAACACUUGGUUUAAUACCAAGAAAACGUACAUUAAGUAAAGAUUUCACAGAUUCUACAUUAUCUUCAUCAUCAUCAUUGUCUGUUUCAUUAAAACAAGAUAAUAUAAAUGAAGUAUCAAUUGGGAGUUUUGAUAAACAUGUGGAUGAGACUAAUACUAUGACAGUCAUUCAACGAUCCCAUUCAAAUGAACCACAACAAACAAUUGAACAACCAAUUAUAACAGAACCACCACCACCACAACAACAACAAAUCGAUCAAACGAUAAAGGAUACAUGUCCUUUACAACAAUCAGAAGUUGAAAUCAUUGAAACAGAACAUCAACAAAAACAACAACAACCAGAAGAGCUUCCGAAUCAACCCAAUAGUUCCAUUCAUCAAAAUAUCAAUAUUGAAAGUACUAAUAUAAUAGUGCAUGAUGAGAAAUUAAAUAUUCGACGUAAACGUAAAUAUAUAGAUGAGAAUCAAAAGACAAUGGAAGAAAACAUUGUUUCGCCUAUUCAAAAUGAUAUACUAUUUGAAACUACUGAAUUAACUAAUUCUAAUCAUAAUGGGAAUCAAUUCAUUGAAUCAUUAAAAGAAAUCAAUAAUGAAAUCAAUAAUUUAUCCGAUCAAUUGAAUAUAUCAUCUCAGCAACCACAGUUAACUACAAAUCAAACGAUGCCAAAUUUUUCAGAAAAAAAAUCGAUUAAAAAAUCGAAAAGAAAACAAAAACAUUUAUUAUCAUUAGAGACCAAAACAUUAAAACAAAAUGAGGAGAUGACCAUAGAUACUAAAAUGAUUCCAUCCGAUAAUGAACAUAAUGAAUUAUUAAGUAGUAUCAUUAUACCGAUGACAAAUAAUUAUGAAAUACAAAUGACAGAUAUAACAUACACUACUACUACUACUACCACUAUUACAAGUAGUAACAUUCCAAAAGAAAUCUCUUCCAUACAAUUCAAUAUCAAUAAUGAUCCUAUUGAUCAAUCAUCUAUAAAUCAUAAACAUGAAGAAGAUCUGAAACAUUUAGAAACGAAACAAACAUCACAGAAUAAGGAAAUAGAUAUAAAGAAACAAUAUGAAACAACAAGUAUUCAACCUUCCAACUAUUCUUUUAUAACGGAAUCAACUAUUAGUAUUUCAACAGAUAGUGGACAUAGUGAAGCAAGUGAUAUAACAUUAUCCUCCGUAGAGAUACCAAUCAAAAAAGAAGAAGAAGAUAUGUUAUUAUAUGAUUCCAAUAGUUUGAAUAUCCUUCAAAAUGAUAAUGAAAUGCCUACAUCUACUUUAUUAUCUACUGAAUCCAAUCAAUUCAAUGAAUAUUGUUUAUCCAAUGAAACUAAUCAAGAAAAAAAUCCAGAUCUACAUCAUGACAAUCAAAUUUUCAAUCAAACUAUUGAAAAAUCUAAUAAAAAAUCAAUCAAAAAGAAACAAAAACCCAAUACUCUAUUAGAACAAAUUAUCGAUCCUAUAAAUUCUCAAUCAAUAAAUUUGAUUCAUCAAUCUAUCAAUCAACAAUCAAGUAGUGCAAUCCUACCUAAAACUGAUGAUAAUUUAUUGAUUACUGAUAAUCAAUCAAUAUCAGAAUUAUUAAUUAUUCCAAAGAAUAUUCCAUCCAUAUCAAGAUCACCUCAAGGAAUGAGUGAAGAAAUUGACGCUGAUCAUACUGUUGAACUAUUAUCACCUAAAGAAUUAGUUACUAACGGGAAAAAAAUUAAAAAAAAUUCAAAAAAUUCUACAAAAAAACAUGAAAAGAAAAAUGGUACAAUAAACUCAAACAGUGACGGUUUACAAGUGGUAAACAUUAUUGAUGUAGAGAUGAUAUCAGAACAUCGACAUGAAGAAGAUAUUAAUCCAUCUGUUAUUGAAAAUCAAUCAGAUAAAAUCAAUAUUUCAUGUUCUGAUACAACAUUCCCUGAACUAAAUAGUAUAGAUCCUCAGUCAGAGUGUAUCAUAGAACAAGUACCUACUAAACAGAAUAUAGUUAUCCUUGAAGUUAACAAUCCAUCUGAACAAAUUUUGAAUGAAUCACAAAUUAUCAUAUCAAAUGAUAAUAUACCUACAACUGAAUUAACUUAUACAAGUAGUAAAGUUCCAAUAGAUGAUCAUUAUAUAACUACAGAAUACAUUGAAGAAGUACAAUUCAAUAAUAUUAAUAAUAAUAAUGGUAAUGAUACAUUAGUAAAGCAAUCAUCUUUAAGAAAAGACGAUGUAAACAAAGUCAUUACAGAGAUGACAUUAUGUGAUUUAGAAUUGAACAUUGAGCAUGAAGAUACUAACGAAAACUCAUUAAAACAAUCAAAAAAGAAACAUAAGAAAACAAAAGAACCAACUGAAAAGAAUAUAACAGCUGCUGACAAUCAUGAAAAUACUACUAAUACUUCUGAACUUACUUCAUUUCAAGAAUCAUUCAUUCCUCAGAGUGCAAUAACAACGACUGAUGUAAGUCGAACUGUAGACUCUCCUCUAUACACUGAUUUGCAAACGAAAGAACAAACACUACAUCCAACAAUAUCAAAAAAGAAACAUAAGAAAACAAAAGAACCAACUGAAAAGAAUAUAACAGCUGCUGACAAUCAUGAAAAUACUACUAGUACUUCUGAACUUACUUCAUUUCAAGAAUCAUUCAUUCCUCAGAGUGCAAUAACAACGACUGAUGUAAGUCGAACUGUCAACCCUCCUCUAUCCACUGAUUUGCAAACGAAAGAACAAACACUACAUCCAACAAUAUCAAAAAAGAAACAUAAGAAAACAAAAGAACCAACUGAAAAGAAUAUAACAGCUGCUGACAAUCAUGAAAAUACUACUAGUACUUCUGAACUUACUUCAUUUCAAGAAUCAUUCAUUCCUCAGAGUGCAAUAACAACGACUGAUGUAAGUCGAACUGUCAACCCUCCUCUAUCCACUGAUUUGCAAACGAAAGAACAAACACUACAUCCAACAAUAUCAAAAAAGAAACAUAAGAAAACAAAAGAACCAACUGAAAAGAAUAUAACAGCUGCUGACAAUCAUGAAAAUACUACUAGUACUUCUGAACUUACUUCAUUUCAAGAAUCAUUCAUUCCUCAGAGUGCAAUAACAACGACUGAUGUAAGUCGAACUGUCAACCCUCCUCUAUCCACUGAUUUGCAAACGAAAGAACAAACACUACAUCCAACAAUAUCAAAAAAGAAACAUAAGAAAACAAAAGAACCAACUGAAAAGAAUAUAACAGCUGCUGACAAUCAUGAAAAUACUACUAAUACUUCUGAACUUACUUCAUUUCAAGAAUCAUUCAUUCCUCAGAGUACAAUAACAACGACUGAUGUAAGUCGAACUGUAGACUCUCCUCUAUACACUGAUUUGGAAACGAAAGAACAAACACUACAGACAACAAAAUCAAUGACUUCAAGUCAACCUUCAGAUGGAUUCAGUAAAAAAUCAUCAAGAAACAGAAAAACCAAAAAAGGUAAAACGCAAUCACAUGAUAAUCACUCUUCAAAUUCUACACUUUCCAUAUCAUCUAAUUCUUUGAUACCGGUUGAUGAAGUACAUAGUACUGUAUAUAAUAUUAGUAGUAGUAGUAGUAGUAACAGUAGAAACCUUGAUAUUAAUAAUUUCACAUCAUUAUCAAUUCCAUUUUGUAAAACAAUUUGUAAAGUUUCUCAUGAAGAACUACAGAACUCACUUAGUCAUAGAAGUACAUCUUCCUUGAAGUCGAAGAAUAAAAAACUUCAUUUGAAAAGAAACAAAUUAAAGAAUAGUAAAACAAACAUUCUGAAUCAAAUGGAUAAUACAUUGAAUGAUGAAAUGACAAUAGAACAAUUAUCACAAACAGUUAAUGAAGAAGAAACACAAGAAAAUACUAGAAAACGACGUUUUCCUAAGUCUUUCAUUACACAAGUGGAUCCGAGAUAUAAUCGGUCUGUUCGUUUAGCUGCUAAACGAAGAAAAACGGAUUCAACUCAUAAAGCCAAAGAAGCAUCACCAUCAUCUACCGAUGAAAGAAAGACAACAAUUCAACAAAAAACUAAGCAAAUCAUAAAAAAAUGGCAUAUAAGACCAAGUUUAAGAGAAAAUGGUGUUAUUGUUAUAUUAUUAGCUGGACGACAUCGUGGUAAACGUGUAGUUAGUUUAGGUCAACAUAAAUCAACUGGUCUAUUACUUGUUACUGGACCAUAUUGUUAUAAUGGUUGUCCAUUACGUCGUAUUCAUCCAGAUUAUGUAAUUGCUACUAAAACAAAAAUUGAUUUAAGUAGUUUAUCACUUCCUGAAAGAAUUCAUACCAAAAAAUAUUUCAGUAGAUCCACCACAUGUAAAAAAUUCAAAAAAUCUCAUCAACAAAAUCGCUUUGCAGAUAUUCUUGACCAUGGUGUUACUAAGGAGCAAUCAACUUAUCAACCAAAUAAUGAAAAGAAAAUGGAUCAAAUUUACAUAGAUAAUGAAGUAAGAAAAGCAAUUAAAUUUCAUAGUGAUUCCAAGUUACUAAUUGGCUACUUAAAAUCAUUAUUCUCAAUUGGUAAAUAUGAUAAACCACAUGAAAUGUUAUUUUAAAUAAGACUGUAAACAUAUUCAAUCCAUAUACAUAUACAUAUACAUACAUAGAUAGGCAAACAAACUAUACAAAUUGACCUUUCUAAAUCAUAUUAACUCUUCUUUAUUAUACUUACCUACUUACUUGCUGACUUACUUACUUGCAUACUUACCUACUUACUUACCUACUUACUUACUUACUUACGCCUGUUACCCCUCAUGGAGAGUUUAGGCUAUUCUUCACUAUAACAAUAAGAAUAAAUGAUACAACACUACUACUAUUUACUAUUAUUAUUAGAAAUGAAGCAUUUCAAUAUGCGAUAUGGAUGUAUACACUUUUUCCUUUCAAUCUUGUGAGUGUAGUUCUUCUUGAGUCUUUUUCCCUUACCUUCAAUCAAAAUUUAGAUUCAUUGUUCAAUGUUCCAAAAAUCAAAUUCUCAAGUUGUUUGUUUGAUUACUACCUUUUGAUGUUAUUUUUUGUUGUAAACUUGUGUCCUUGUUUGUUUUUUGUCUUCCUUUUUGUUUGUGUUUAUUUCAAUGUUUUUAGUUCAUGAUUUUCUCUUCUAAAUGAAAAUAAAUUUCAUUUCUGGAUUGAAAUUUAAUAGUU